UCGAGACAAAACAGUCUCGAACCAGGUGGUUAGAGACGCGCGACCCAGUGAUCAAAACGGGUUUUCAUCCGGUCAUCACUCAUCAAUUCCUUCAAUAUUUCCAGGUAAAACUGUAAAAGAAUGGAGGAAAUCGUAUCUCACUACUUACCAGUCACCCUCACCAUCCCUGGCUGUGGUUGUGGGUAUUCUGGUGCAAAUGAGGUCAACAAACUAGAUGUAGUCACUAGUCAGUAGUUUUGAGGAGAAAACCAGUAUGUGGUGAUUUGCAUCACUUGUAAUCAAAUCCCUACUAAUUCAAGUGUCAAAAAGACCGGCAUCAUCCCCUUCCUCUUCAGAAUUCUAAGUAUCUUCUCUUUCCUGUACUUCGAUUCUAUUGCACUUCGCUGCGAAAAUGGCAUCUCUUCUAAUCUCAGAGGUUGGGCCUGCCACUCACCCAACCACACCAUGUCACCACAGUGAUUUGAGUUCCCAUCACAAAUCCAUUAACCUCUCCUUUCGAAGUCUAAAACCCGCCACACUCUCAAUGAACCCACCUCUCUCGGACAAGCAAAACCUCGUCUUGUCACUUAAUGGCCCUGUGGACUCCACCGCCUAUGCUUCUGUUCUUGAGUCCUGUAAAUGCCCUGGUUUGGGAAAACAGGUCCAUGCCCACGCCCUUAAAACUGGGUUUUGCGGGCAUGAGUUUUUAGAGACCAAGUUGUUGCAGAUGUAUGGUAGGUGUGGUAGCAUUGAAGAAGCAAGGUUGUUGUUUGAGAAUAUGCCUCUAAGAAACAUAUAUUCUUGGGCUGGCAUUCUUACCGUGCUUGCCGAUAAUGGGCACUUCGAGGAAUCUCUGUCACUGUUUCAAGAAUUACAGUAUGAAGAUAUUUGUUUGGAGUUUUUCAUAUUUCCUGUAGUUUUGAAGGUGUGCAGUGGUCUUCGUGCAUUAGAACUAGGAAGACAAUUACAUGGGUAUGUGAUAAAGAGUGAAUUUGCUUCAAAUAUUUAUGUGGGCAAUUCUCUAAUCGAUGCGUAUGGCAAAUGUGGGAGAUUGGAUGAUGCCAUGGUGGUUUUAGCUAAAAUGCCUAAAAGAGACUGUGUUUCGUGGAAUUCUGUGAUUACUGCUUGUGCAGCUAAUGGGUUGGUCUUUGAGGCAUUUGAGUUUCUAGAAAAUAUGAGAUUACAGGAUGAUUUGAUGCCUAAUGUUGUUUCUUGGAGUGCCAUGAUUGGUGGGUUCGCACAAAAUGGGUACGAUGAAGAAGCUCUUGAGCUUCUUUGUAGGAUGCAAUCAGCUGGGUUUAAUCCAAAUGCUCGGACUCUGGCGAGUGUGCUGCCUGCUUGCGCUAGAUUACAAAAUCUAGGCCUUGGCAAGGAAAUCCAUGGCUAUAUAACAAGGCAUGGAUUUAUGUCCAACCCAUUCGUUGCUAACGGAUUGGUUGAUGUGUAUAGGAGGUGUGCCGAUAUGGGAAGUGCUCUAAAGAUCUUUUCUAAGUUCUCAGAGAGAAAUCUAGUCUCUUUCAACACUAUGAUCGUUGGGUACUGUGAAAAUGGUGAGGUAAUUGAGGCCAGGGAUAUUUUUGAUCAGAUGGAGCUUGUCGGGAUCAAGAAAGAUAUCAUCGCAUGGAACUCAAUGAUUGCAGGGUACGUAGACAACAAGCUGUUUGAUGAAUCCCUGAAGAUGUUUCGAAAUUUGCAGAUGGAAGAAGGGAUUGUACCCGACUCUUUUACCUUAGGGAGUGUUCUUUCCGCCUGUGCAGACUUGAAUUGCUUGAAACUUGGAAAGGAGAUUCAUGCUUAUUCAAUCAUUAGGGGUCUACAAUCUGAUACCUUUGUGGGCGGUGCAUUGGUAGAAAUGUAUUGUCGAUGCCAAGAUCUAGUCGCUGCACGGAUGGCUUUUGAUGAAGUGAUCGAAAAGGACACAGCAACAUGGAAUGCUUUAAUCUCUGGCUAUUCCCGCUGCAAUCAAGUGGAAGACGUCCAGGAACUUCUUCGUAAGAUGAAAAAUGACAGUUUAGAACCCAACACUUAUACCUGGAAUGGAAUUAUAGCAGGUUAUUUGGAUAAUGGCCACAAUGAAGCAGCUUUGCAACUGUUCUCUCAGCUGCAAACUUCAAAUCCGAAGGCAGAUAUCUACACAGUAGGCAUGAUUCUACACGCCUGUUCAAGGUUGGCAAGCAUAGAUCGAGGUAAACAGGUUCAUGUACAUUCCAUCAGACGUGGAUAUGAUAUGGAUGUCCAUAUUGGAGCAGCACUUGUGGACAUGUAUGCCAAAUGUGGAAGUAUAAAGCAUGCAUGGCUAGCCUUUAAUAGGAUAUCAAAGCUUAAUUUGGUUUCCUGGAAUUCCAUGCUUUCUGGAUACGCCAUGCAUGGUCAUGGUGGGGAAGGUAUUGACCUCUUCCUUAAGAUGCUGGAAGAUGGAAUCACACCGGAUGAGGUGACCUUCCUUUCCGUUCUAUCUUUGUGUGUUCAUGCUGGAUCCGUUGACUUAGGCAAAGAGUACUUUGGUUUGAUGUGCCAUUAUAACAUAGAACCAACAAUCAAACACUAUACAUGCAUGGUUGAUCUCCUUAGUCGCGCUGGUUGCCUUGAAGAAGCUUAUGACCUAGUGAAGAAAAUGCCCAUGGAACCUGAUUCCGUGACAUGGGGUGCUCUGCUUGGUGGUUGUGUUCUUCACAGGAGCAUAGAAUUGGGAGAAAUUGCUGCAGAUAAGCUGAUUGAGUUGGACCCAUACAAUACGGCAAACUAUGUUCUGCUAGCAAAUAUGUAUGCUUAUGCAGGGCGAUGGGACGACCUAGCUAGAACCAGGCAGAUGAUCAAGGACAAAGGAAUGCAUAAGAGCCCAGGAUGCAGUUGGUUCGAGGAUAGAGACCUGAUCCAUGUAUUCCUUGCUUGUGAUAAAUCUCACAAUAAAACAGAGGAGAUCUAUGCUACUCUUGACAGCUUGACCACUCAAAUGAAAACGGAAGGUUAUACAGCUCUUAUCUAAUCUCUCAUCACCAAGUAACAGUUAUUAAAUUAUACAAAUACAAUCAUACAAAGGCAUAGCUCAGUGGUGACCAUACAAGCACCCUGUCUAGAUAUUUUGUUAGCCCUCCCAAAAUUUUAGUACAGAUCAGUGACUCAAGAACCCUGCGAACUUGGAUAUAUAGAGCUGUCUGCCUUUGAUCUGGAUCAAGGGGUUGACCCAAACUGACUUGCUGCUCAUAUCAAUGAUGCAGAUUUCUCACCCAGAAGUUGUAUUAUGUCUUCAUGUAUUGUUUAUUAAUACUGUUGAGAAAGCAACAAAGAAUAGAAGAUCUACCCCCAUUGUAGUUUUUUCCAAGGUAUGAUUUAUGGCAAGGCUUGGGUUGUAAUUAGCUAUAUGGUAAAGUUGAACAAAAAUGAUAUGCUACUAUGUGUUACUAAAAUUCUUCAAAGAGUUCUUUUAGCCAAUUCCAGUUCAAAGGCAUGUCUGUAAGAGAUACUCAA